AUGUGGUACAAUUGCCUAAGCGAGUAUUUGUUAAAGAAAGGGUACAAAAAUGACCAUAUUUGCCCUUGUGUCUUUAUUAAGAGGUCUGGAUCUGAAUUUGUCAUCAUAGAUGUGUAUGUUGAUGACUUGAAUAUCAUUGGCACUUCUAAAGAACUUCCAAAUGUUGUAGAUUGUUUGAAGAUAGAGUUUGAAAUGAAAGAUCUUGACAAUGCUGCUUGCAUUGCUCAACUGAAAGGAGGAUACAUCAAAGGAGACAUAACAAAGCACAUUUCACCAAAGUUCUUUUUUACGCAUGAUCUUCAACAAAAUAGUGAAAUUAAUGUUCAACAGAUUCGCUCGUGUGAAAAUUUGGAUGAUCUGUUUACUAAGGCAUUACUAACUUCAACAUUUGAGAAGUUGAGACAGAAGAUUGGAAUGCGCCGUCUUCGAGAAAUAAAGUGA